AAAACAGAAAAAAAAACAACCACAGAACUGUCAAAACACCACCAAAUGUCUAAUCCGUUUAAUUUCAAAAAACAAAAAUCCCUGAAAAACUAAGCCACAGAAAAAAACACAAAUAAAAUUUAAGAAAUUUCCAAAAUAAUCCUUUUUUCAGUCAAUUUAUUCCUUAAAUUUAUCAAUUUAACAAAAUGCCUAGUGAAAUAAUCACCCUACAGCUUGGACAAUGUGGUAAUCAAAUUGGUUUUGAAUUUUGGAAAAGAUUAUGUCUAGAACAUGGAAUCUCUCCGAAUGGUGUAUUGGAAGACUUUGCCACAGAUGGUCUCGAUCGAAAGGAUGUUUUUUUCUAUCAGGCCGAUGAUGAUCAUUACAUUCCCCGGGCUGUCCUCCUUGAUCUCGAGCCCCGAGUCAUCCACACCAUCAUGAGUUCUCCAUAUGCAAAGUUGUACAAUCCCGAGAAUGUGUAUCUCUCGAAACACGGCGGUGGAGCCGGCAACAAUUGGGCCUCUGGCUACAGUCAGGGUGACAAACUCCAGGAAGAGGUCUUCGACAUCAUCGACCGUGAGGCCGAUGGCAGUGACAGCCUCGAGGGCUUCGUCUUGUGUCACUCGAUUGCCGGUGGAACUGGCUCCGGAAUGGGUUCUUAUAUCAUGGAACGACUCUCCGAUCGUUUCCCCAAGAAACUCAUCCAAACCUACAGCGUCUUCCCGAAUCAGGACGAAAUAAGCGAUGUGGUUGUGCAGCCCUACAAUUCCCUUCUCACUCUCAGACGCUUAACGAGUUGUGCUGAUUGCGUCGUGGUGUUGGAUAACACCGCCUUGAAUCGCAUCGCAACAGAUCGCCUGCACAUCCAGAAUCCCAGCUUCACCCAAAUCAACACUCUCGUGUCCACAAUUAUGUCUGUGAGCACCACAACUCUGCGAUAUCCUUCCUACAUGAACAAUAAUCUCAUUGGCUUGACAGCCCCUCUAAUUCCAACGCCUCAAUUGCACUUCCUCAUGACUGGCUACACUCCUUUGACUACAGACAAUGAUCAAACCAUGAACAUUAGAAAGACAACAGUUCUGGACGUGAUGAGGCGCCUCCUGCAACCAAAGAACAUGAUGGUAUCUACCGGACCCGACAAGACAAAUCACCAUUGCUACAUAUCAAUUUUAAACAUAAUCCAGGGAGAAGUUGAUCCAACUCAAGUCCACAAGUCUCUGCAGCGCAUCCGUGAACGUAAACUUGCCCAAUUCAUCCCCUGGGGACCGACUAGCAUCCAAGUUGCCCUCUCCCGCAGCAGUCCCUAUGUCCAGAGCAGUCACCGGGUCUCCGGGUUGAUGUUGGCCAAUCACACCAGCAUCUGCUCGCUAUUCGAACGUGUCCUCAGUCAAUAUGACAAGCUAAAGAAACGCGGAGCCUUCUUGGAUCAAUUCAAGCGAGAGGACAUCUUCAAAGACGAUCUCUCAGAGUUGGAUGAUUCUCGAGAUGUGGUGGACUGCCUGGUGCAGGAGUACGAAGCAGCCACCCAACCUAACUAUCUCCAUUGGUCAGCAAGGAAACCACAAGAGUAGGAAGGCCUUGAGUAAAAUGUCGUCCCCUUUGCACUUUAAGUAUUUUUGUUUUUGAUCCACAAUUUGUUGUGUUUUUACGCUCUCUAAGUUUUUCAUGUUCUUUGUUUGUCUCUUAACCUCAAAAAAGACCUUUUUCAUUAAAAAUCACAUUUUACCGUUAGUUUUUGUUCUCUUUUUAUGUUCUUCUUAAAUUAAAUAAAUUAAAACAAAAUCAA